GGAAAGAUCUCGCCAGAAAAGUGACCCGUCAAGUCCGAUGUGUUGUCUAAGGACGUAGUUUGCGAGUACGUCCCGCGUUUCCUUGCAGGAAUGCCGAGCGACAAUGACUUGAGGAAAUGUGAGGUUCCAGACUCACAUGUGAAUACUCAAGGGACCCCACACCAAGAUCCAAACACACUAGCGCAACCAUCAAAAACAGGAGAUCGCAGAUUUAAUAUGGAGGAUGUGGAAGAUGGAAUGAAGGCGUCAGUAUGCAGGGAAUCACGAGAUGAUGUAACCGCUGUUCGUGCCAGGGGGACUAGGAACGUCUUUGAGUCGUUAAGGCAGCAACCAUUUAAGAGACAAGUACCCCAAGAAGGGAUACAGGCACGCACUCCUCUAGUCAACGGAGAACCGACUGAAAACCCGAGCCAACAGAGUUCAGACUCGAGAAAUGAGGACAUAACUGAACACGGAAUCAAUAACGCAUCGUUUACCAUCGGCUCCGGGUCGGGCGCUGUCAACAGCAAUACGUUAAGCUCGGUAAAAAGGUCGGGAACGGUCGGUACGUCGGGUAUGGCUGACACUGCUGAUUGUCUCCCGAACAGUGUUGAUAGAUCGAAGGAAGGUAUUGAGAUAGCAGUGGCAGGAACCGACGCCAGGCUUAGUACUCCGAUUGUAGUCGAUAAGACGUCGCAUCCCUCCGAUGAUGCUUUGGGUGGUGCCGUCAGCGAGAUCAAUAGGUUAACACCAAACGUCGGGAAAUCACUCAAGGAUAAACGAGUAUCAAACGCAAAAGUUUUUGAUGGGAUUCUCGGCAGAGCUCCGGACUCAACGACAGAAACUGCAAGGAGUUCGGCUGACUCAUCUUCGAGGCAACUUAGUAUUUUUGAGAAAGUUUCUUCAAAUUCUCUUGUCGUGGAGAGGUCGGGAAAAACUGCUGAUCAGAACUGCGUAUCAGUCAAUAGCACAUCGACUGAAGUCAAUACCUUGUCGAGACCCGACAGUACUACGCCAGGGGAUUACGAGCAAGUCCGAGCAAGCUCGACGUAUGAUACGACGUUGGGGCUGGAACGCACGCAGACUCAGACCCAACGAGUGCCAGUGACGUCACUUUCUCCCAACAAGUCUCUGUUUGAGCAUCUCCGGACAAACUUCCGAAAUCGAGCUGAACAACCCGACAAAAAAUCGACUGGAACCGGGUCAGGUUCGAUUGAGAAAAGUAACGGAAGCUUGUUUAGUUCUGUAUGUCUGAGUGGAGCCUCUAGCAGAGAUGAAGCAAAGAACGACAACAAAUUGACUGAAACCGAGUCGGGUUCGAUUUGGAAAACUGACGGAAGCUUGUUUAGCUCUGUAUGUCGGAGUGAGGCCGAUAACGGAAAUGAAGCAAAGAACGACAAGACAUUAUUUGAAACCGAGUCAGGUCCGAUUGGGAAAACCGAUGGAAGCUUUUUUAGCUCUGUGUGUCGGAGUGGGACCAUUAACAGAAAUGAUGCAGCGAACGACAACAAAUCGACAGAAACCGAGUCAGUUUCGAUUGGGAAAACUAAGGGAAGCUUGUUUAGUUCUGUAUCUCAGAGUGGGACCGUUAACAGGAAUGAAUAUGAAGCAACGAACGACAACGACCUAGAAUCUACAGGAUCCAAAAUACUUAUGAAAGAAACUGACACUAGUCCUCCCCCAACAGGAAAAGGACCCUCUUUCCCUCCCCCGGAAGGUUGCAUUAAUCUCGAUCGAGCCGAGCACUACACUGACAAUUUUCCAUUCACGGAGCGACUUAGAUGGAUCUCCAAACUCUCGCGUACUGUUGGCAAGGAGGGACCUGCUCGGAAUGGUGCUGAAGCGAGGGACCAAAACCACCAGGUACUGGAAGCGCCAACAUCUGUGGCCCUAAAGGCACCUUCUUAUGCUGUGACUAAAACCGUCAGCUCGCCUUCACCGUUAGGCUCCUCUGUAAGUAGUAAAGAGAACUGUGUUGGCAUGAGACCUGAGGCUAUGGCAUGUGCGACCUCAUCUUGCGGAUUACCUAGCUUGAUCCGUGUGCAACCUGCUGACCACAAUGUAAUGCCGGCGCUGAGCCGGGUGGAGGCUGUUGAGCCUUUAUGUCAGGCUUCAUGUGUCAACCAAACGGCUCCGCCCAGCCUAAGCCGCGUCCAACCCCUCGAUCGGAAGUUACCAUCUACCUUGACAGAUGUGAUAUCCGCUGACCGGGUGAUUCCGAUCAACGCUAGCCAUAAUCCGUCCGCUGACCUGCAAUCAAGCAAUCAACCGAACAAGACUGUAAGCACUGCAGUCCAACACAGGGUUCUCAAUCUCGACAAAAAGACCAGAAUGGGUAUAGAAGUUAGUGGACUUAGAAAUGGGAAUACGUCUAGCACUGCAGGCCGUUUAGCUGCAGCUAUAGGAAGCGAUUUUCGUGUGGUUCCGACGUCCCAACGACAAUGUGAGACUUCUAAGAGUUUUGUCAACCAUAACGCUAUUGGUAACAUUGUCGGCAGCUUUAAUGCUUCCGUGAACUCUUACGAAAGUCCCUUAAGAGUAUUGGCGAGUCUCCAUCGAUCUAACGAGGUCAACGAAAAUCGUACGGUUACUAGUCGAUCACUGAGUAUGCAACAGCAAGGGAUUUCCCGACCGAGAACGAGUCGUUAUCGAGUUGUUGAAGGCGCAAUUGGUUGGGCUGACUCAAGGGUUGCGCCUGCAGUCACGCGGUUUGCGGAGUUGGAUGGCAGUGCACGCACGCGCAUACUCCAUCGUUACGUUGAUCGGCACGGCGCUGUUAAGAGUAACGUGUUUGCACUUGCACCUGCAUCAUCACUACAAUCCAAAGUACCCUUAAGGCUUGGAGAUGUCACCAUGGUUACGCAACCUGUCAUUCUCGUUCCACAACAAAAUUCAAGCACAGGGCUACCAACCCAUCCCAGAUCGAUUUUCAACAGCCCUAGUUACCCGGCGGAUUAUCGUGGGGAUCCUGUGGUCAAUUUAUCUCCAAGUGUGAGAAGCAACAAUGUUGUGAGGAAAACGGGUUUGUCUUGCUCUGAGCUAGUCUCGCCCUCUCCUACCAUGUCAACAGUAAGCCCCAAGCGAACACUGGGGGUAGUAAAUACAGCGGAAGUAAAUGAACCAAAUAUUACAAUACCGGAAGCAAGGUCUCCGCCGGUUAUGCUCUUCCGGCCUGUAUCCCCCAAACCCACGCAUGCGCAAAGACACCUUGAAGACAUGGACAAAGAUGACCAAGCGUACGCGUACGCACUGAACGAAUCCGCUAAUAGCCCCGACAUAGAGCGCAUGCUCAGAGCCGAAUCACCCACUUAUGAGCAUGCGCACAACUCUGACAAUCAACAUAAGGCCCUGUCGUAUGGUCAGUGGUCACCUGCUAAGUUCGUUUUCACAUCGACCGGGAUCGUCCGGGCCUCGACCCGUAAAGUCGUCCCGAGUCCCUUGAGGCGAUCUAAGGUCCCGCCCACUGUACCUGCGCAAAGGUUAUUUAAUGGGGAUAGAGUAGAAAGCAUUUGCAAUGUCCAAAAUCUUUCACGAUGUCCAAAGAUUUCUAAUGCAACUGUUCUAGACAAGGAGAGUGUUCAUACAGAUGCUUCCAACGAUGACAGCGAGGUGUUGAAGUCUCCUGUCGAGUGUCUCGAAUCGUGUGUCGAAUCGGAGUCGGAUCAAAAUAAGAAACGGAAAAACAGCUUAAACGUUAUUAAGAAAAGACUCGAACCGAAGCUGCCUUCACCUGUGCGAGAUCUGUGCACGAGUGAUGGGGACCUUUAUCGGGAUCCUAGCGAGUUGACCCGCGAGGAACGGGCGCUUCAGAGAGCAAUGCUGAGGUUUAGCGAGAUGGAGAGGAGGGAGAGGGAAAAGCGUCAGGCUCGAGAGGAAGAUUGGCGCAAGCGUAAAAGAUGUUCUACCCAAGACGUCGAAGAUGAAGAAGUGAAACCACCGACGAAAGACGAGAAGAAAGACAGGGAGAAGAAGAUGAAGUCUGAAAGUGCUCCUAAAAACAUCUCCACAUCGAAUUCAAGAUGGUUUCAAAAGGUCAAGAAAAAGCAAAAGUUGUGGAUAUCACAAAGACAUAAGGUCAUGCAGAGAAAACCAGUAGUAUCUGAGGAUAACCUUGAUAAGCAGACAGACUGCCCCAUGGACGCACCGGAUUCGAGUGACCCGACUUCCACAGCGGCCCCCUCUACCACGACAGUAACAUCAACAGCAGACACCACUGUUCGCAAGAUAAAGAAAAGAAAAAACACAGACAAGACAGACGACAAGGCACGUCCUAAAAAGAGGAAGAAAUCCAAAAAGAAGAUCGUGAAAACGGAGCCAGUAGAGGUGUCGAGCGUUAAGGAUCAUGGGAACACAGACGAGUCUGCAAAUGCCGAGAUGUCGAUUGAAGAGAAGAAAGAACGAAAGAGGAAAAUACUUAUGAAGAAGAAACUGAAAGAGCAGAAAAUGCGUAGAGAAAAGCGACUGAAAAGAGAACACUCCCACCUGACCGAGGCGCAGACCACGCCUGAGAUGUCACCGUAUUGUCAUGCGCGCCAAAACACACGGGACUUCAAAGCUCAUGCGAACGCCAAGGCCAAAGUUAAGACGUACAUGUUGGUGGCUUCCUACCAGGGAUUCAAGGAUUUCCAGCCAGUUGUCAUGGAGUCUCGUACAAGAAGGAGAGGGACUCAUACCCUGCAAGCAGCCGAGCCCGAGGCUCCAACAUCCAAGCCUGAGUUCCCAUUGCUAGUUGUCGAAAGCGUCAACUCCAAACCGGUCAAGGAGCGGGUUGUGGCCGAGAGCGAGGAGGUCCAGAAACUCGUCACAGAGUGUCUGCGCAAGCGCGGGAUGUGGCGGGGUGAUGAGCUUGAACAGGCAUUGAAAAGAGAAGAGGCUGCGCUUGGGGACGAAGCUAUACGAUUGCGAGAUUCUCGAAAGCUGACGGUGAACCGGACAACGGGAGAGACAAUACUACACAAGGCUGCUAGAUUAGGAUACCACGAAGUCGUCAAACAGUGCAUACUUCAGGGAGCCGACCCUACCGCUAAAGAUAACGCCGGCUGGACCCCCCUGCACGAGGCGUGCGCCAGGGGCAAGCUCGAGGUCGUGAAGGUGUUGGCGCAGUACGGCGCAGACGUGAAUGCGCACUCAAACGACGGCAUAAGACCCUUGCAUGACGCGGCCGAGGGCGGUCACGUGGAAGUCCUGCGAUUGCUUCUGACCUACGGAGCAGACCCCAUGCUCGCAACGUACGCCGGAAACACCGCCUACGCAUGCGCAAAAGAGCCCAAAACCAAGCGAUUGCUGAAAGAGUACAUCCUGGAUAUAGGUCAUGGAAGGCUAGAAGACUAUCAGGAUGUCACGGACGGAUGGAGUUUUGGUGGAUCCUGCUCUUUCAUGGAUAACUCGACAGCCUCUGACCGGUAUUCGGGGAUAUGGCGCGAGGCCCCUCCCCUGACGGAAAUUUGCGAGCCUGAGUUUGAAGUGAGCGACCAACCGCACCUUCCUACCUACAACUUACCGGUGAUGAAGGACGGUGUUGUAAUCGGAAGAAAAAACUACAUGUUAUUGGAUGACCUUUACGAGAAAAGCGGUGUCGCUAAAACCACGCUUCAGAAGCGCCUCAGAUCCGUGGAAAGUCUUGAAAUGCCGUGGGCAGAAUUUAUGGACUUUGUGUCGGAAAGCAGUUUGUACAACAAGCCUCCAGACCCGCCCGCUGGAACAUCUGACUGUGCGCCUGUCGCUAGGCUUGUACCGCUGAACUAUACUGCUCGCAGGCUCUUGAAUAUCCGCAUUGAGCCGUGUAGGUGAUAUUACUAUCGAGGCCUGUACCACAGGGAUCCCUCGAGAUGUGAAAAUAAUCACACUCACUUUGCAUUCAUAAAAGACUCAGCGGGCGUCUUAAAUUCGUUUUCUCCAGCGAUCUGGGGCUUGGACGUCUCAGGAAGUCCAUUACAAACACGCAAACUCCCUUUCUAACGUGAAAAUAAAAUACUAUUUAAAAACACUUCAACACUGUAACAAACAAACGUUGCCAACGCAAAAUGCCUCCAAGUAACCGUUACAAAUGCAUAUGAGAACGCAAGAUAUUGUUACUAAAGCAACCGUUACGAACGCAUAAAAGACAGUUAUUGAAACAAGAGAAAGCGAAGUUAAUUGUCCGUCUGUAUUGCGACGGCAUAUUUGCCUUAUGUACGCAAGUCAUAGUAAUCAGCCGUAUCUUGAUGGAAAUUACGUCGGGACAAGUCGGAUAACUCCCUCUUCCUAAAGUCAAUGUGUACGAUCAAGUCUGUAAACUUCAAGUUCCCUGUCGAAAUGGCGUUUUGAGAUUGUCUAGAUUUGUAGAGGCGCCAGAAUUCGUUCCUAUCGACGUCGGCGUCAAAUUUUGCAAAUCAAACAGAUGACUGCGGUAUUUGUUACCACAGGGUACCCAGUUUUAAACAACAUCAAGAGAUAAUGGUCUCUUGACAACACCGCGUUGUAAAAUUAUUUUCAUAUUUAUUUCUCAAAAUAAAGUAUUAUCGCUUGCAA